AUGUUUUGCUUUGUGAAAUAUGAAGAUGGAUGGGAGAAUCGGUGGGUCAAAUCUAACUGGAAGAAAGACCAAAACAUGGCUGGAGAAUGGAACUUUACCUCUGGUAAAUGGAAUGGAGACUCUACAAACAAAGGUAUCCAGACCAGUGAAGAUUACAGGUUCUAUGCUAUCUCAGCUGAGUUCCCUGAAUUCAGCAACAAGGACAAGACAUUAGUUUUCCAGUUCUCUGUCAAGCAUGAACAGAAGCUUGACUGUGGUGGUGGAUACAUGAAAUUGCUUAGUGGGGACAAUGAUCAGAAGAAAUUUGGCGGUGACACCCCAUACAGCAUCAUGUUUGGGCCAGAUAUUUGUGGCUACAGCACCCAGAAAGUCCAUGCCAUUCUCACCUACAAGGGGACAAACCACUUGCUCAAGAGGGAAGUCUCAUGUGAGACGGAUCAACUGACUCAUGUCUAUACAUUUGUCAUCCGGCCUGAUGCUACUUACAGCAUCCUCGUUGACAAUAUGGAGAAGCAGUCUGGUAGCUUGCACUCUGAUUGGGAUCUUCUGCCACCAAAGACAAUCAAGGAUCCAGAGGCCAAGAAGCCUGAAGAUUGGGAUGACAAGGAGUACAUUCCUGACCCUGAAGACAAGAAGCCUGAGGUUACUGAACUUCAAAGUUUCAUGCCCUUCCUUUUCUACAAUGAUGCACUGUUUAACGCGAGAGCACAUCCCGAGGAUUGGGAUGAUGAGGAAGAUGGUGAAUGGACACCGCCAACUAUUGCCAACCCCGAGUACAAGGGUCCAUGGAAACCAAGGAAAAUUAAGAACGCCAACUACAAGGGCAAAUGGAAGGCACCAGUUAUUGAUAAUCCAGACUUCAAAGAUGACCCAGAUCUAUAUGUUUUCCCAAAUUUGAAAUAUGUGGGCAUUGAGUUGUGGCAGGUGAAAUCUGGAACCCUGUUUGACAAUAUCUUGUUAUGCGAUGAUGCGGAGUAUGCCAAGGAUGUAGCUGAAGAAACAUGGGGCAAACACAAGGACGCUGAGAAGGCUGCAUUUGAUGAAGCAGAAAAGAAGAGAGAGGAGGAGGUACCUAAGGAUGAUCCAGUUGAUUCCGAUGCUGAAGAUGGUGAUAACGACGCCGAUGAUGCAGACGCUGAUGAUGACAUGAAGUCAGACACAAUGGAAGAUGAUGAUGUACACGUAUGA